UGUAUCUGUCUUUUCACUGACUAGCUGUCGUAUAAUGAGAAAAAUACUAAUAUUUACGGAAAUCUUGUUAUUUUCAAAUAAGAAAUAAAGAAAACUCUGUUUCAAGAUGGAUAAAUGUGGCAUUUGCUUAAAACCUGCUGUUCAGUUAUUUGAGACAGGCAAAGACGGUGUCUAUGCAUGUUUCAAAUGUCAGCCCUUGGUUCCGGAAGUAACAAUAGGUGAUGCUUCAGAGAAGCAGUCUCCGACAUUAGUCAGGGAGGAGGAUAGUGAAGCGCUCUUCUGUGGUAUUUGCAACAAGUCUUUCAGCAAGAGUAUGCAGCUUCAGAACCACAUGAGGAACCACCGAGCGGAACGACGCUUCGUGUGCACCUACUGUAACAAAGCAUUCUCUCAAUCCAAUAAUUUAAGAGCACAUCUCCGUAUCCACACUAAUGAACGUCCAUACAAAUGCCAGGAGUGUGGCAAGGCUUUUACUCAGGUAACAAAUCUGAAUAAUCAUGUACGUCUUCACACCGGCGAGAGGCCCUUUGUCUGCCCCGAGCCGGGAUGUGACAAAGCAUACGCCCAGGUCACAAAUCUGAACCAACAUCGUAAGCGUCACCUGUCCGGUCGCGCGGAUUCCUACGACUGCAGCGUCUGCGGCGAGAGAUUCACACAGAGGAAUCACAUGUACACACACAGACGCGAGGCCCAUGACAUAAAAUCACCUGUGAGAAGUCAGAGACAUAGUUGCACCGUCUGUGGUGUGUCACUGCCCAGCGAGAGUCACUUGCAGAUACAUAUGACAAGACACAUGGGAGAGGAUAAUGAACAUAAGCCGGUGGUAGGUGGUGAGUGGGGUGUGUCGUGUGUUUUCUCAUCGUGCGGGGCUCGCUUGUCGUCGGCCCGCGACCACACCGACCACCUGCUGAGGGCCCACCAGCUGAGGGUACUGGCCAGGGGUAGAGACCAUCAUCCGCCUAAAAGAGGGAGACCACCCAAGAUUCUAAAAGAGCCCCUCGACAUCCCCGAACAUAGACAAUUUGAAGAGGUCAAAAUUAUAAAGGAGGAGCCGCAGUUCUUGCCCAAGUUGAAACUACAGAGUUUGUUUCAGUGAUAGAUAAAGACAAUAACUAUACAGACAGAGUUGCAUAUAUUAUAUAUCUUUGGUCGUUUGAGAAAUGUUCACAAGAUCUACAUAUAUGUAUAUAAUAGUUUUUAAAUGAGUUUAAGUGCAAUUUAUAUAAGAAUAGAGCAGCAAUAACCCGUUUCAUUGUUUACAUGUGAUGUUACUUUACAAUUGUCUAUGGAUAUAUAUUAUCUACAUUUGUUUUUUUUUUUUUUCCAGCGUUAUCUAUGAUUGGAUAGAAAUUUUACUGCCAUGGUUUUUAAUAUAUUUUUAAGCCGUAUUUUAGCAAAAAAAAAAGUUUUACGGCUUUUUUAUGUAGGAAUCGUAACAAUUUUUUUGCCGUGGUCUUAGUACGAGUGUGAUGGAGAUGUCACGGACGUACGUCAAUACUCUCGGUUUUAAAGUAAACGGUACGAUCUAGCUAGUACUAGGCCAGCGGAGUAUCAUAAGAAUAACAAUUACUUAAUAACAUAGUCGUUUUAGUAAUAAUAUGCUUUUAAAUACUAAAUAAGUUGGUAUUAUAGUUAUUGUGAUAAGAAGCAGCUGUCGAUGCUGGGAUCCUGUAUUAAUUAGAAUUAAUUACUCUAUUAUUAUCAUUAUAUAUAUUUUUUAUUUUAUUUUUAUUUUUUUUACAAGAAAAGUAACAUUGUUGGCAAUCAUGUCACGAAAAAGUUUUUAUAUUACAAACGCUUUAAAAGCGUUUAUUCUUUUUAUUUUUUUUUUUUAUUUUAAAAGAGUAUCCAUCACGGAGUGACGUCACUUUGAGUGGUUUUUAUUUCUUUUGUAACUCAUUUUCGUACAUUAAGUAAUUAUAAGACUUUGAUGUAUAUGUUAUUAAUUAAUAUUGAAGUAUUGAUGCGUAGAUUUAUUGUUUUUUUUGUUAUGUGUAAUUAUUUUUUUUUUUUUUUUAACUUGCAACACUAAUAUGUAUCUAUGUAUCAAUACGUCAAAACUAUAUGCGGUAUAAAUAAUGAAACUUAAUACAUUAUACAUUCUCUCUGCCUUAAUUUUUUUUUUAUUUUUCUUUUGUUUUUUUUUUUUUAUAUAUAUAUAGAUUUUUUUUUUGUUUAUUGGCUGUGAAUGCAUAUUUUGUCCGCACAUUUAUAACACAAGUUUCUUAUAAUGUUGUCUAUAUUGUAAGGUGCAAAUGUUCCUAUGAGUGUCAGUGUAUAGAUGUAGACAUUUUCAAUUCUAGCCUUGUUAAGACAUGCGGCGCAGAUUUUUCUAUUAACAAACAUUUAUCUUAAAAUAUACAAUUUUAAUUAUA